AUGACGUCCAUCACCCCGCUCCUCGAAUCGACGCAGAGCGGCGAUCACGCGGUGCGAACGAACGCGGAAUCGCAGCUCGCGAGCGCGAAGACGCGGGACGUCGGCGGAUACGCCGAGGCGCUGAGCGAGGAGCUGGUCGCCGCCGACGCCACGGCGCUGUCGCGAAGAGUGGCUGGGAUCGAGUUGAAGAACCUGUUCACGUCCAAGGAUGAUCACGAACUGUCGAGACGACGGGCGGUGUGGUUGGGAUUGGACCGCGAUCGACGGGAGCGGAUCAAGGAGCGAGCGUGGCGGUGUUUGAGCGAUGAAACGAAGGAGAUCCGGAGCGUCGCGGCGCAGGUCGUCGCGAAGAUCGCGGGAGCGGAGGUGCCGGCGCGCGCGUGGCCCGAACUCGUGGCGUCGUUACAACGUGGGGUGGCGAGCGGCGGCGUGGCGAAGCAGGCGAGCCUAGAGACGCUGGGGUACGUGUGCGAGGAGGUGGAUUCGGAUUGUUUCAGUCAAGACGACGUGAACGGGGUGCUGACCGCGGUGGUGAGUUCGAUGGGAUCGAGUGAACCGGACGUGAACGUGCGGCUGGCGGCGACUGAAAAUUUUGAGCGAGACCAAGAGCGAGAUUUCAUCAUGCAGUGCGUGUGCGAGGCCACGACUUGCGCCGAAGUUCGCGUGCGCGUCGCCGCGUUCGAAGUCCUGGUCGGAAUUGCGGAGAAUUAUUACGAUUACAUGGCCAACUACAUCGAAGCGGUGUACGGCUUGACGGUGAAGGCGGCGAAGGAGGACACGGAGGAGGUGGGGUUGCAAGCCAUCGAGUUCUGGAGCACUAUUUGUGAGGAGGAGAUCGGUCGCCUGGAUGCGAUCGAGUGCGGCGAGACGGAUGUGCAGAUGUUCAGCUUCAUCGAAAAGGCGGUUGGGGCUUUGGUUCCCAUGCUCCUCGAGCAACUUACGAAGCAGGAGGAGGACCAGGACGAGGAUGAAAAUGCGUGGAACAUGGCCAUGGCGGGCGGCUCGUGCCUCAGUCUCAUCGCCCAACUCGUGCGCGACCCGGUGGUGGAUCACGUCAUGGGUUACAUCCAGGCUAACAUCUCGUCCUCGGAGUGGCGCAACCGUGAGGCGUCGACGUUCGCAUUUGGAGCCAUCAUGGAGGGUCCGGAUCCGGCGCGUCUUGCGCCGCUCGCCUCCGAGGCGCUCCCGUUCCUCGUGCAAGCGCUCCGAGACAGCAGUACGCAUGUCAGGGAUACGACGGCUUGGACGAUUGGACGCGUUUUCGAAUUCGUGCACUCGAACGAGCACCCGAUGGUGAACUCGCAAACGUUCUCGCAAGUCUUGCAGGCGAUGAUGGAGUCGCUCAAGGACGUGCCGCACGUCGCUGGCAAGGUGUGCUGGAGUAUUCAAAACCUCGUCUCGGCGAUCUCCCAGGACGACGCCGGUCGACAGGCGCUCGUGCCGUAUUUCCAAGGUAUCAUUCAGCAGCUUUUGAUAGCGAGCGAGCGCGCAGAUGCCGAGGUCAUGCUAAAGAUGGAGUGCUACGAGGCGAUGAAUGAAAUUCUUCGUUCGUCGACGAUUGAAAACCACCCGACAGUCGGUCAACUCAUUCCCCACGUCCUUCAAAAGCUUGGCGCGACGUUCACAGAUCAACCGCAGAGCGCGGAUAUGCAAGAGAAGCAGGCGGAUCAGCAAGCGCUGCUCUGCGGUACGCUCCAGGUGCUCAUUCAAGUAUUGAGCUCAUCCACAGAUGAGAUAAAGGCGCAGACGCUCCUGCCACACGCGGACAACUUGAUGCAGGCUUUCCUCGCCGUGUUCAACUGCCGUUCAUCUACGGUGCACGAGGAAGCUAUUCUCGCCGUCGGUGCUUUAGCCUACGCCGUCGGGGAGCACUUCGACAAGUACAUGACCGCCUUUGUGCCGACCAUCAAGCGCGGUUUAGAAAAUCACGAGGAGCACCAGGUGUGCGCCGUCACAGUGGGCGUCGUCGGCGACAUUUGCAGAGCCCUGGACGCGAAGAUCGAGCCGUACUGCGAGGGCAUCGUCUCCUUGCUUCUUCAUAACUUGGGCAGCGAGAAACUGCACCGAAGCGUGAAGCCACCGAUUCUUUCGUGCUUCGGCGACCUCGCCUUGGCCACGGGUCCGAGCUUUGAGAGAUAUCUCCCGCACGUCGUCAGUAUGUUGCACGGCGCGACGCAGCUAUCCAUGUCCACCAAUCCCGACGAUGAGGACAUGAUCGAUUACAAUAACGACCUUCGAAACGGUAUCUUCGAGGCGUACGCGGGUAUUCUUCAAGGUUUCAAGGCGGACACGUCGAAGCUUGCCGCGGUGCAAGAGCACGUCCCCUUCGUCCUUCAGUUCAUCGAGAGCGUAUCCAUGGACGCCAACCGCGACGAAAUCGUCACUCGCUCUAUGGUCGGUGUCUUGGGCGACAUCGCCGCCACAAUCUCGGGCGUCGGCCCGGUGUUCGCGCAGCGUCCCUUCUACAAGGAUUUCCUCCGCCGGUGCGCGUCCGACCAAGACGACAAGCUCAGGGAAACCGCGCAGUGGGCCAUGAGCGCCAUCACGCAGGCGCUCCAGCGAUGA